AUGCCUUCAAACUGCAUCUUUGAGUUUGAUCGCCCCGAACCAAUUUACUAUAGUGGAGAAACGAUCAAUGGGCGGGCUGUUCUGACAACAACAUCCGAAAAGACGGUAAACGAGGUGUACAUUCUCUUCGAGGGCGAGGCCAAGGUUCGGUGGACCGAGAGCAGAACAAGGUCCCGAAACGGAAAGACGGAACACUACACGGAGUACUUCCGGGGCACGCAAACGUACCUAAACACCCGGACCUGUGUUUUCGGGUCCGGAAAUCUUCCAGCUGGAACGCACACCUACAACUUCUGCAUCCCCCUGCCCCUGGAAUGUCCCUCCUCAGUGGUUGGGCAGUACGGGAAGAUCUGCUACGAGGUCUCCGUUCACAUCGAUCGACAGUGGCGCUUCAAUAACGUCUAUAAGCAGCCGCUGACGGUGCUGCAGACCUACAACCUCAACAUGAGUCCUCAAUUGCUGAUGCCCCUAGUGCGCGAGGACAUCAAACACUUCUGCUGUUGGCCCUGCAGCUCGGGUCCGGUUCUCUCGACCCUUACAAUACCCUUCGGCGGCUACGCUCCUGGCCAGAAGAUUCGCUUCACCCUGGAAAUCGACAAUCAAUCAAGUGGCUAUGACCUGGACGGCAUCGAAGUGAAGCUGAAGCAGAUCUACAAGUUCCAGGCCCAAACCCCACAUCAUAAAAUACGUGAGAAGGACUACACUCUGCAUAAGAGUUGCCAGCAGGAGCGGGUGCUGCGGCUCACGAAGAGGAUAAUCGAAGGCACACUGGCUAUUCCGGCGGUGCCGCCCUCCUCACGCAUCGAUGGCAUCAUAUCGGUUAACUAUCAAGUGAUUCUGACAAUCAGUACCGGAGAAUGCCACGUGGAUUCGGACUUCGAGGUCCCCAUUGUGAUUGGUACUAUUCCAUUGAUUCAGAGCGCAGAGAAUCCUUCGCAUGCCGCAGAAUGGAUACCCGAAACACCCAAUACUCCGGCGGGAGCUGCCGCAGAUCUGCCCCCCAGCUACGACAAGUGCAAACCACCAACUUUCGAGGAGGCUACCAAUUUCGGCGAAAAGUUCAUCGACACCGAUGUGGACGAGCACAAUCGCACGGACGACUUUAUUCCGCGCUACCCGAUGUACACCAACUUUGCCAUGCCAUCGGCGCCACCACCACCCACUGAGGAAUCGGAUUCCCCUUACCUGCAAUCCGUUCCUGUUCUUUCGCUACCUCACAAUGCUACUGCCCCAGUGAUUGGUGGCAGCUCCACUGAUCGCCCAACGAUCACUUAUGGCUGGAACUCCAACUCAUAGACAGGAACAAGUACCUCAGACGUAAUCUCAUCGACGGAUUGUACAUUGUCCUAUAAACUAAUGGAUAUUAUUUUCUUACUCACAUAUGCUAUUUUGUGCGUCUAGCUUUUACUUUCGUUAUCUUUAUGUUGCAGCGCCAUACCUCAGGAAUAUAAAAUAUUAUAAGUAACUGCAACGACACUCAAUAUUAAGAGAAUCU